GACUGAAACAGUUCCCAGUCUCCAAGCAAUGAAGAAUUGGUCGAUAAGUUAAUUCGAUGGAUUAAAAGAACCAAAAGUUUUUUUCUUCUCCGCUUGUUCUAUUUUGGCAAGAGGGAACAAACUUGAGAUGAUUAUAUAUUUUUUAUUUCCAAAGUAUCAUUUGAGGCCAAGAAGAGCUAUAAAAUCGGAAUCACACUGUUAAGUUUAGGGGAGGAACGUGUUUGGAAACAAUUGCGCCACUAUAUAUCCGAAGGAAAUGGAAGGGAGUGGUAUUUGAGAACACGCCGAUGAGGUGAGGUAUGACGAAAUAAACAUACUGAAAUAUGUUUUAAUAAGAUAAGACUUUGAUAUCAACUUCGUGUAGAAGUACGGCUUUUUUCGUGAGAUCAAAAUGUUGAUAAUUGACAUGAAAAUAUCCUUCAGGUUUUGUUUAAAAACAAAAUGUCAUUUAUUCACUUUUUGAUAUAAGUUGCGGUGCACAGACCUUAGACUUUGCAUCAGAGAAGUCAUGGAGGACAAGGGGAAUUAUACUUACGGAUACGACUACGGUUAUGACGGUUUUUGGGACUACGAUUAUCAUUACAACUAUAGUUAUGAACAUUCAGACUGGCUUCCAAUAGAUGAACUGGUUCCGAGCGUGACUUUUUACAGUCUUAUCGGCUUGCUGGGUAUUGCAGGAAACGUACUGGUCAUUGUCGCUAUCCUCACCUUUCCUCGUAUGAAGAACAUUACAAACGUUUUUCUUCUUAGUUUGGCGUCAGCUGAUCUGCUGCUGGUUUUGAUUUGUGUUCCGAUCAAGUGUACAGCUUUUUUCACCUACACAUGGCAGAUUGGCGGGUUCCUGUGUACAUUCGUGGCCUACAUUCAGAACGUGUCCAUGGUGUGUUCAGUCAUGACGUUAACUGUUAUGAGCAUAGAGAGGUUUGUAGCCAUUCUGUAUCCUCUUCGAGCAAGAUCAGUUUGUACCACGAAACAUGCGAAAAUUGUUACCAUUUUAAUCUGGAUCGCCUCGUUCAUCAUCGCCCUUCCAACUGUGUUUGUUCAGAAGCUGAAAGAAGUAGGCAAUGAUAAAGUCACCGCCCAUUGGUGUGUGAAGCAGUUUUUGUCCCAUGGCUUCGAGAUUGCUUACGAAAUAUACAUGUUUGUCAUUCUGUUCACGAUCCCGCUGAGCGUGAUGUUAGUUACCUACAUCAGAAUUUCCUUGGAAAUUUGGGACGUGGUAUCAAAACGGGCAGUCUUAAGAUCUGGGAGUGAGUACAGUUACUCUUCCGCUACUCCAAACAAUGGCGGAAUGAAAAGAGAGACAUCUUUUCUGAACCAACCCUCUUCAAGAACAUCAACAAAGUCAGCACCAACCACAUAUAACGAGGACGCCAAAACCAGGAAACAGGUAAACGUGAUCCUCAUGCUAAUGGUGAUAGUUGUGCUCUUUGCAAUAUGCUGGGGGCCCAUUCUUUUGAACAAUUUGCUGGUUGCAUUCAAAGUUAUUGAUAAUCUGCAUACGGGCAUCCUGAAGCCACUGCGCAUGGCCUUCCAUCUUAUGUCAUACGCAAACAGCUGUGUCAAUCCUAUCGUGUAUGGCAUAAUGUCUAAAAACUUCCAAGACAGUUUGAAAAGUGUUCUGAAAUGCUUCAAGUCGCCACAGACCUAUCGAACCUACGUUUACAGUUGCGAUACAACUAGGGCAUCCAUUUUGAAAUCAACAUGCAGCAACAGUGAAAAUGGUGGCAUUGAAAUGGCUUGAAAAAUCACAAAACUACAGAUAUAUUGAACUACUAAAAUUUUUUUCCCAUAACAAUCAUAGUUUCUCGUACUGAGUAUAAUGUACCGUGAAAUCAUUUAUCUGGGGCUUUUAUUUUUCAUUUUUUUUCGUGGUCUAAUCAGAUCCACGAAUAGAUUUAGCCACAGAAUGUAAAUUUUGAUAAGCAAUUGUCAUCGAAGAAAUCAAAUCCCCACAGACCAAUUUUUCUCCAAAUAACGAAAAUUUCCUUAAGUAGCUUAAAGAAGCUGGGAUCGUGAGAUUUUAUUGUUAAAUAUUCCUUUAAUUCGUUGUAACACUGCAUCCACAUUCACAUCCUCAACAACUUAUUUUUUGGGGUCUUCAGACUCAUUUUCCCUUUUAUAUAAAUAUGAGUGAAUGCACAGCAUUAGGUCCCCUCAAGCUUGUAAAUUUAGACAAUCAACGAAAAUUGUCUCCAUCCCCAAAAUUUAAAUGAUUUCACAGUUUCCUUCUUCUUUUUUCUUCUUCUUUUUUGUUUUAUGAGAAUCAUUGAAUCAUUUGGAAAUAUCUUAAAUAUACAUGAAUGAGAGUUCAUGAUUUAAGGAUUGUUAAUUGUCACUGCAAAUUUAUAUAGCUAACUUGACAGAACUAUGGAUGACAAAAUUUGCUUCACAGUGCAAUAUAAAAAAGUUUUGCAAAUGUGCAUCAAACAGCUACAGAUACAUAAAGACUUCAUGCAUUUCCAAUUUUAUCUAAAAGUUUCAAAUUUUUUUGUUUCUUUAAACAAGCAAAAAGCAAUGGUCUAAUUGUAGAAUGAAUCUUAAAGAUGUGAUUUUCCUCCAUUUACACUCUUUUACAAGCUUCGUCUUUCAUGUAUGUUUGAAGUGUUUCCUUGGUAACUGUUGAAAAAGAAAUAGUUUUCUUGUAAAUAAAUAAUUAGUAGACUUUAUUUAUUUCCAUUUUUGAAAAUCUGGUAAAUCAUGUCACCCGAGAUACUCAACUUCUCUCGUUUCCACUCUGUCUCACUAUGUAAUGUUGUUUGCUAUGAAUUCUUUUUUUUAUUAUUAAUUUAGGAAAAUUUCAGCCUCUUCAACAACAAAAGUCUCUUUUUGCUUGUGAA